AUGACCACGAAACAAUUGGGCACCAAGCUUUAUGCUGCCGAUGAUGAUAGUCCUCCGUUCCGUGGUCACCCAUCUUCGGUUUGGGUCAACAAGGAGUUUUGUACGCAAGAAAACAAAGGGAGGCAGAUAGCGGCCAGGAAACCGGACCAUGAAGGGGUAUUGGGAGGAUCUGUCCACCCAGAAGCAACCCGUCCCCACCAAUCUGAUGUGGGGCGCCUGGAGGUCCAUCGGGGUGAAGAGAGGAGCCCAGCCGUGAGGCGAAGAAGCCCCAGGGGAUUUGUGCUAUCAAAGCCAGUGCGUACUCCCCGGGGUGUACGAAGAGGUGUAGCAACGCGGGAGUUGGCAGCUGCUUCGAUGGGGGAGGGGAAAAGCCACCAAGUACAAGAUGCAGAUAGGAAUCGCGCCCGGGUCGAGGAAGAUGAUAGUGUGCUGCGGAGGAAGAACGGGCCGAAGGGUGUUCGGGAUCGACCGGGGCCAAAGGAAGGGGCUGUUCGGAGCAGAAAGGGACCGAGGGAGGUGAUGCGGUCGUCUCCGCCACCACCGCACCGUCGCCGACUGCUGCUACCGGAGUCUGACGAUGAACUUCAGCAGGUAAAGGAGGCUCCUCGCGGUACUAGAGGACGAAAGAAAGAUUACCAAGCCCAGCCUUUGGGUUCGACUACUCCGAUAGCUCCGAAGGAGAAUCUGCCAUCGGAAGGGGUAGUUAGCCGAGCUGUGGCUGCUCCGAGGCGCCGCCACCUACGCAAGGCCCAGGGGGAAGACUUGACGGAUCGGGAGGCUGUCCCGGUACCAGUGAGCCGCCCGCUUACUCGCAAGGAAAAAGGGAAAAUGAAGAUGGUGGAGUCUGCUUCGGAGGAGUGGGAGCCGGCUUUUGAGCCUAGGGAAGUGAGCCGUACCCCACAAGGCAAUGGGGGAGGUGAUGAAGGGAAGGCCAUUUCUAGUAAUGAUUCGGAAACCACCUUGUCGGAAGGAGUGGACUGUUUUGUGGUCCAAAGCCGAUGCCCCAAGGUGGAUCGCCAGAAGGGUUGCUCUGUUCCUGAGGGGCAUGUUCGGAAUGUAGUGCUCGCCUGGGAAGCUGGGAAAGAGUCAGCUAUAGAGGAGAAGGUCUCCCCGGGGCGUCCAAAUUCCUUGAGGGAUCACUGCUCACUGGACGAGUAUGGAUCAAAUGAUGCAAUCCCUGGGAUUGGGAAGAGGAAGAGGGAUCUUGAAUCGGGAGAUGAGGGUCUUGAUGGCGACCCUAGCCCUAAAAAGCAAUUUGUUGAAGACAAUGGAGUGGAAACUGAACAGGUGGAGGAAGCCAGCCGAAAAUGGCCCCAACAGGAUAAAUGA